AUGAGUACCAAACUGAGAAGGAAGGCUCUUCAGGACUUUUAUCAUAUACAGAACCUGUCAUCUGAUAAAAUAGCCUCAAGCAAUGCUUCAAUACCCGAAUCUAUUGGUGUUGAUGAUGUUGAAGAAUAUGCUACCAAAUCAUGCAUAGAAGAUAUAUUAGCAUUAAGGAAUGUCCACACAGAUAAGCUCAAUCUGCUUAAGCUGUCGAAGAAAUCCAUUAUAUACAAUAACUACUCCGAGCUAAUCAAUCUAAGUAAUGUAUUGAAGGAGUUUGAAACCGUUCAUGAGAAGACAACAAAGGAAGAUGACUUUGAAGGGUUAUUGGAUGAAUUGGUUGAGUUUUCCAAGGAAAAGGUUUCUGGAUUCAAUGUUGAUUUCAAAGACCUUUUAUUAGUUGAUGAUGAUAGUUCAAUAAGGGGGACUGUUGAGAUGGAGAUAGAAGAUGACUCUAUUGACAAAUCAAAACUUAUGGAAGAAAUCACUCAUCUACUCAGGACUAAGAAACUUUCUACAACCGAAGUUGAUGAUGUUGAAAAGAUAAUCCAUCUGUUACUGCAUGAUACUGAACGAAGCAGUAGUUUACUCUUACAGCAAUUGAUGGAAAUUAAACGGAAAUAA